CAUCCUCCUCUCCUCUUUUUUUCCUCAUGGAUCUUCUCUGACUUAUCUCUCUUUCUCGACAGUAUUCAGUGAUUUAUUUAACUAGAAUUUCAUUUGAUUUCACAUCUCCCCAAAAUUGAGUUUCGAUUGAUUUCAUAUUCUCCCCCAAAUCAAUGAUUUUCAUGUCUACCCACAUCCAGUUUCAAUUUCACUUCGCUAAUUCGUCACCAUUAUAAUCAGGUCGACAGUGUUGUUUGAUGAGAAUGUCACAGAGUUUUGUGCACAAAACAUGUUUGAUGAAAUUCCUCUGAAAGUUUUCUUUAUUUUCCUGCCUAUGUUCAUGUACUUCGGUAAUAGUUUUGUUAAUUCAUGCAACUUUAUUAGAAAGUAUUCACACUUACUUAUUUUCUCAUUUGUUAGAAAGGCUUCAUAUAUACUUAAGAUGCAUGAUUUGCUGAUAGUGCAGUUUAGUAAAACAAGAGAUUUUGUCAAUUAUGUAUGCAAAAUUCUGGUGAUUGGGAUUGAUACGUUACUUCCCAAUUGGAAUGACGAUCUUUAGCUUCAAAGCUUCCAUUGGUGAUGUUUCUGAAUGAUAUAUUAACGUCUAAAUAUCUUUCUUUUUCUUAAAUUUUAUACUUUAGUUAAUUUGGGGUCGAAUUCAAAAAUAUAAAAUACGUACAAAAAGCGGUUAUUGUUUACUAACGUGCAACGCACGUGAUCUCGACUUGUUCACAGUAGGCUUUCCAACACGGAUUUUGAUUAAUUCAUGAUAUGUAUCCAUUUUUUCCAAAACAUACACCCUACUGCGAGAUAGGUUAUGAAUAAUUCAAAACGGUAAGGUACACCGUUAAAUUUGGGUGGGCGUUGAGUCGUCACUUGUUAGUCGUGAUAUGGAUUUUUUUUUUAUAAUCAACCAUUAGUAUUUCGUUCCGUUAAGAAACGUUUACACGAUGGUUUCAAGAAAAAAGAGUACAUCAUAGACAUGAAAUAAAUACAAUAAAAGAUGCAAAACGUAAAUAAAUCGCGAAGAGAAAGAGCGAUCCACAACGAUAGCAUCCAAAUCUUGUAUGGAGAGAUUAAGAUAGAAAUAUUGAAAUCAUUUAUCCUGAGUACGCGCUGAACAUAUUAAAGUUUAUUUCGAAUGCGUCAUUUCUUUUAUGGCUUUGGUGGGUAAGAAUGUAAGAGCUUAAUAUGCAAGAUUUCUCUUGAGGAUUAUCAAAUUCCACUGACAUUACCAAGCCACUGAAUCCAGUGGUUAAGGUUGUUUUCUUUUAUAUAAAUUUAGUGAUUAGUUUUACAAAUUGAGUAACCCUCUAUUAUACUUUGCUGAACGCCGUCGCUUGUUCCACAGAUCUUUCUGUAAAAAUUUAAAAACAUUCCCAUGACUCUUUGGUUGGAGACUUGGAGGCUUGGAGCCUGUUUCCGUCUCAUUUCCAAAUAUUGUUAAAUAUUUUGAAAUAAAAUCUAGUGACUCGUUCUUGCCUAAAACUUGAAUUUUGCUAUAUUAAUACUCCUACUUCUCAUAACUUCAACCACAACCUAAACAAACCUCUUACAACUAAAGAAAUUUGAGCUUGAAACACGAAUUGUAUUUGUUCAUCAAUCCAUCUUCUUAACUUCUCAAAUUAAUAUCAGCAUCUUAAUUUACUGCUGAAACUUAUGGCGCUUGAAGAGGUGCUUGUGAGCGGCUCAAUAGAAAUAUUGAACAAAUUGGGCUUUCUUGCUGCUGAGAAGAUUGGCAUGUCCCAGGAUGUCAAAAACAAGCUGAAAAGGCUUAAGAACACUAUGGAGAUGAUUGCGGCUGUAACAAUUGAUGCAGAGAAAAAACAAUUGGAGGAUGCUACUGUGAGAGUUUGGUUGACAAGGCUCCGAGGGGUCACUUAUGAUGUUGAUGACCUUUUGGAUGAACUCUCCUACGAAGCCAUGCGCCCGGUGUGAAAAGGAGCGCAGCAAGAUAGAUAAGGUAAAAGAUUUCUUCUCAUCCAAAACUCUGGCUGAUAAAAUAAAUGAGAUCAAUAGAAGGCUGGAUGAUAUUUCUGCUGACAAGGAUAGGUACAUGUUGGUAGAGACUACUAUCCCUCGCAAUUCGCAUGAUCACCGAGUAACCUCAUCAUUCGCAGGUGAUAUAAAAAUUGUAGGAAGAGAAAAUGAUAAGUCGCAUAUAGUAAAGAUGUUGUUCAUGUCAUCAUCUGAAAAUAUUUCUGUGAUAUCCAUAGUGGGUAUGGGUGGCCUUGGCAAAACCACCCUGGCUCAAAUGGUCUACAAAGAUGACCAGAUAACAGAAAACUUUGAUGCAAAAAUUUGGGUCUGUGUUUCAAAAGAGUUUGAUGUCCGUAAGAUUUUAACAAACAUAAUCGAGUCCAUCACUGAGAAAAAGUAUGAUAUGUCAAAUUUUGACGUCAUUGUACGAGAUUUUAGAAAGUGUCUGAGUGGGAAGAAAUGUUUACUAGUACUGGACGACUUGUGGAAUGAAGAUUCCGAGGUCUGGGAGAACCUUAGGAAUUCUCUAUCCUACUGUGCUAAUUACGGCAGUAGAAUCUUAAUCACUACACGUAAAGAGGAAGUUGCAUCCCUUGUUAAGGGUGAAAUUCCUCCUUACAUUUUAAAAACUUUGUCAAAAGAAGAGUGUUGGUCGAUUAUCAAGAACAAAGCAUUUUCACCCGGUGGCCCGUUAAACACUUCAAGAAUGAUUGAAAUAGGAGAGGAGAUUGCGGCAAGAUGUGGUGGUUUACCUCUGGCGGCGAAUUUCCUCGGAAGUCUGAUGCACUCGAAAGGGGAUGAGGACAGUUGGUUGUCCAUCCAAAACCAUACCAGCUUGAAGGCAACUGAAAUUCAUAACAAAAUCAUAUCAAUUUUGAAAUUGAGUUAUGACAAUUUAUCCUCGCGCUUGAAACAGUGUUUCUCCUAUUGCUCUUUGUUUCCUAGAGAUUGGGAGAUUAAUAGAGAAACAUUGAUUUGGCUAUGGAUGGCUGAAGGAUUCCUUCAUCAUUCUGGUGGAGAAUAUCAAAUGUCUCCCGAAGAUAUCGGGGAUAGUUAUUUCCAUAGUUUGUUGUCAUGGUCAUUCUUUGAGGAUGUGAAAACAAAUAAAUUAGGUGACAUCCAAACAUGCAAGAUGCAUGAUUUUGUACAUGAUCUUGCAAAGAGUGUUUCUGGAAAUCAUGGAAUUGCGGUCUCGGGUGCAAGUGAAAUGAAAGAUGUUUCUCAAGUUCGGCGUCUACAAUUACUUGUACCUGACAAAGAAAUUGCCGAUGCAUUAUCAAAGGUGCUGAAAAAGGCGACCAAGUUGCGAACAGUUUUUUCCGUAGAGAACAAGAAUCUGAGAGUUGAGAAUUUACUCAGUAACAAGUGUCUACGGGUAGUAUGUUUGCUUGGUGAACAUAGUUUGAGAAUCCCAUCAUCCGUUUUCAAGUUUAAGCAUCUGAGAUAUCUGGACUUAUCUUAUUCUCAAAUCGAAGAAGCGCACCGUGCAUCCAUCCACAAGCUUUACAAUCUGCAGACUCUGGUGCUUCAUCAAUGCAUUGGCGUUAGUAAAAUUCUUGAAAGCAUUGGGUCGUUGAAAAUUCUAAUGCACUUGGAUCUCUCGUGUUCGGAUAUUAGAAUGCUACCUGAUUCUAUUCUUGGGCUCAUUAAUCUGCAAACACUCGAUCUCAAUGGUUGUUCUCAAUUUGAAGCUUUGCAUGCAAAUAUGGGGUCUUUACAAAAUUUGAAGUUCCUUAAUAUUUCAUCCACAAGAACUGCAGGGUUGCCUGAUUCGAUCACUUGCAUCGAAAAUUUAAGCAUGUUGGAAUGCAACAAUUGCACGAUGCUGGAAGCAUUACCUACAGGCUUGGGAGCAUUAACAAGGUUAAGGUGCCUUGAUCUAAAAGGUACGGAAGUCACAGCAUUGCCUGAAUCUUGCAUAUACCUACGUAAUUUAGAGAUGAUUGAUUUUGGAGACAAGUGUGAGCUUCCAAGGGAAAUUAGAAAAUGGCCGAAACUGAGACACUUUAGACACGCCAGAGUAAAUGAUGAAAUGCCCAGAGGUGUUGAAGACUUAACUUGUCUUCAAAUAUUAUCCAAAUACAUGGUGCGGCAACAAGAGCUCUCAGGAAGAACUGGCGAUCAAUGCAUUGGUAAUGGUAGCGGGAUUGAAGAAUUAGGUGGCCUAAAAUCUCUUCGGUUAUUAACUAUGACAAAUGUGGAGAAUGUUCGAGGUCGAAUUGACGCAGAGAGAGCAAAGCUAAAUGAGAAGGAAUGCAUUGAAAAACUGUAUCUGUUUUGGUAUGUUUCCAGGCGUGAAUCUGUAGAUAUUAAGGGAGACAAUGAUGAAAUGGUGUUAGAAGGCCUCAGACCACAUUCUAAUUUGAAACAAUUGAGUGUAGAUGCAUUUGCGGGCUUAAAGUUUCCAAGGUGGAUGGGUUUAUCUGAUUGCCUUCCGAAUUUGACGGCUAUGUUUUUAGAAAACUGCAGUAGUUGUGAGCAGCUUCCAUCACUGGGUCUGCUCCCAUGUCUUAGAGUUCUUCAUAUAAUUCGAAUGAAGUCUGUGAAGCGUUUGGGUGAAGAGUUUUAUUACCAGCAAAAAAGCAAAGAAAUUGAGGGAGAAAGCAGUUGUAGCAGUGAAAAAGGAAAAGCUAUAUCUACAAAAGCGUCAUUGUUCCCUUCGUUAGUUUCCAUGAGAAUCCUAGAUAUGGAAAACUUAGAAGAAUGGAUUGUUCCUUCUAAUCUGGCUUAUACUUCCUUCCCUUCAUUUGAGGUGUUGAUCAUCUCUAACUGCAGAAGAAUGAUAGCCACACCGGUAAAUUCAUUUUCUUCUCUUACGGUGUUGGCUUUAUCUGGCGCAAGCACCAAGAUGGUACACCAAAUGUUGGUAAACAGCGAAGCAGGAACAGGUCUGUCAUCUCUCACAAAGAUAACCAUAAAUAAUUCUCCAGAGCUUAUAUUGUUCUCACUGCACGUACUUCCAAACCAUAGUCGUCUCCAGUCUCUGCAGUUCUGGAACUGCUUUAAUUUUCAAGGUUUUCUGCUACCUGGACCUGAAUUCGACUACACAAGCAGCUCUCUCCGCUCAUUGGAUAUAACAGGUUGCCCAUGUGUAAUGCCUACCGGAUUUACAAUCAUGGACUUCUCUGCGGGAGUUGACAAUCAAACGCUGCGGAAAUUUGAAGAGGCAUAUUGACUAUGAUCUGAAAUCCCUCACGUUUCUUCAGAAAAUGGAUGUUGACUUCUUAGAUUUUGACCCUUGUGUUCAUUUUCUUUAAACAAGGAGAUAUAAAUGAGUGGUGAUACCAACAACAACAUGGUUGUUGUCUUCUCUCCUUUGUGUUUUGUAAGGCCAUGCUCAUGGGGCUGAAAUCUUGUUUUUGGGUUUUUUUUUGUUUGGCUUGUAUGUAUGUUAAUUAGGGCUGUCAAUGGGUACCCAUUACCAAAAGUUUGACCCAUUAACAACUUAGGACCUGACGGGUAAUUAUCCGAUUGGACCCGAAUCUAAACGGGUCCAAACGGGUAAUACCCGUCAGGUACCCGUUUAUUCAUAUUUUUAUUCAUGUUUUUGCUAGUUUUGGCUUUGAU